AUGUUGGGACCACGCCUACUUCUUACCUCAGUCCUCGCCGGCACUAUCGUCUCGGCAGGCUACUUGCCAGAAGUUCCGAGUGCGGCUACUUUCCAGUACAAUGCACGAAGACAGGCUACCAAUGGUUCAUCGCCUUCGUUCAAUGGCCCGUAUAGUACUCGCGGACGAGACAUUGUCGACCGCAAUGGUCAGACAGUAUCAUGGGCAGGCGUCAAUUGGCCUAUGAGUGGCGAGACUAUGAUCCCAGAAGGUCUCGAGUGGGCGUCCGCCGAUGAAAUCCUCUCAGACAUUGCGGGUGUCGGGUUCAAUUAUAUCCGCAUGGGCUAUGCCAUCGAGAUGAUUGAUCAGGUCUAUGAUCGAAACGGCGAGGAUGUUCCCUUGGAAGUUGGUCUCAUAAAUGCCCUGGGGUACGUCAAUGGCACCAAAGUCACAAAGGAAAUUAUCGCCAAGAACCCCGGGUGGACGGCACAGACCACUCGUUUCGAGAUCUGGAGUGACAUUGCACGCAUUGCUGCUACCAAAGGCAUCUUCAUCAGCCCGGAUGUGCACACCGGCAAGGCGCAGUGGUGCUGUUCGCACAUUGAUGGCACUGCCUGGUUUGACGAUUUGGACUUCAAUGCUACCCAUUGGCGUCGUGGCCUUUCCUACGUCGCAAACUGGGCAAAAGCACACCCCAACAUUGUCAGCAUGUCUCUCCGUAAUGAGCUUCGCGAAUCAUGGAAUGUCACCAAUUUGUACUACAACUGGGACACAUUGGUUGGCAACAUGACAGCCGGUGCUGAUGCAAUCCACGAAGCCAACCCCGACCUUCUUAUUCUCUGGGGAGGUAUGCAAUAUGGCCAGGACCUUUCGGCUUUGACUAGUGGAAAAAAUAUCCUCACCGCACCGUGUUACAAAUGCACGGCUAUUCGUGACGCUGCUAGGCGUGAACCGGUUUACUUCAACCUCGACGACCACCCAUGGGCCGACAAGCUCGUCUGGGAACUCCAUCUCUACAGCAUGAGCGAGGAUAUCGAUACCGGCACAUGCGAUAUCGUGAAAGCCAACUUCUAUCGUAAUGGAUUCAACGCAUUGGGCAUCGAUGCACCACCUGCUUGUAACAUCACGGGUGACUGCCCCAAGGCUGUACGUGAGACACCAGUCAUUCUGAGCGAGUUUGGCAGUGCCCAAGACGAGACUCUCUUCAACAAUACUCUCCAGAACUGCCUGAAGGAGUACACCAUCGAGCACGGUGUAAGCUGGAUGAUGUGGGCCAUUGCGGGCUCAUACAGAAUCAGAUCCGGAAUACAAGGGUUCCCCGAUACGUGGGGUAUGACCAACUACGAUUGGUCGGGAUGGAACUACGAACGGGGUAUUGAAGAGUUCUGGAAGCCAUGGGUAAAGGCGAUGAACACGACUAAGAUUGUCUAA